UUUUCUCCGCCGCCUUAUGUCCCCAACCCUCCAAUAGUAAAGCCGCCGCCUUACGUCCCCAACCCUCCAAUAGUAAAGCCGCCUUAUGUCCCCAGCCCUCCAAUAGUAAAACCACCUUCUCCGCCGCCUUAUGUCCCCAACCCUCCAAUAGUAAAGCCGCCGCCUUACGUCCCCAACCCUCCAAUAGUAAAGCCGCCUUAUGUCCCCAGCCCUCCAAUAGUAAAACCACCUUCUCCGCCGCCUUAUGUCCCCAACCCUCCAAUAGUAAAGCCGCCGCCUUACGUCCCCAACCCUCCAAUAGUAAAGCCGCCUUAUGUCCCCAGCCCUCCAAUAGUAAAACCACCUUCUCCGCCGCCUUAUGUCCCCAACCCUCCAAUAGUAAAGCCGCCGCCUUACGUCCCCAACCCUCCAAUAGUAAAGCCGCCUUAUGUCCCCAGCCCUCCAAUAGUAAAACCACCUUCUCCGCCGCCUUAUGUCCCCAACCCUCCAAUAGUAAAGCCGCCGCCUUACGUCCCCAACCCUCCAAUAGUAAAGCCGCCUUAUGUCCCCAGCCCUCCAAUAGUAAAACCACCUUCUCCGCCGCCUUAUGUCCCCAACCCUCCAAUAGUAAAGCCGCCGCCUUACGUCCCCAACCCUCCAAUAGUAAAGCCGCCUUAUGUCCCCAGCCCUCCAAUAGUAAAACCACCUUCUCCGCCGCCUUAUGUCCCCAACCCUCCAAUAGUAAAGCCGCCGCCUUACGUCCCCAACCCUCCAAUAGUAAAGCCGCCUUAUGUCCCCAGCCCUCCAAUAGUAAAACCACCUUCUCCGCCGCCUUAUGUCCCCAACCCUCCAAUAGUAAAGCCGCCGCCUUACGUCCCCAACCCUCCAAUAGUAAAGCCGCCUUAUGUCCCCAGCCCUCCAAUAGUAAAACCACCUUCUCCGCCGCCUUAUGUCCCCAACCCUCCAAUAGUAAAGCCGCCGCCUUACGUCCCCAACCCUCCAAUAGUAAAGCCGCCUUAUGUCCCCAGCCCUCCAAUAGUAAAACCACCUUCUCCGCCGCCUUAUGUCCCCAACCCUCCAAUAGUAAAGCCGCCGCCUUACGUCCCCAACCCUCCAAUAGUAAAGCCGCCUUAUGUCCCCAGCCCUCCAAUAGUAAAACCACCUUCUCCGCCGCCUUAUGUCCCCAACCCUCCAAUAGUAAAGCCGCCGCCUUACGUCCCCAACCCUCCAAUAGUAAAGCCGCCUUAUGUCCCCAGCCCUCCAAUAGUAAAACCACCUUCUCCGCCGCCUUAUGUCCCCAACCCUCCAAUAGUAAAGCCGCCGCCUUACGUCCCCAACCCUCCAAUAGUAAAGCCGCCUUAUGUCCCCAGCCCUCCAAUAGUAAAACCACCUUCUCCGCCGCCUUAUGUCCCCAACCCUCCAAUAGUAAAGCCGCCGCCUUACGUCCCCAACCCUCCAAUAGUAAAGCCGCCUUAUGUCCCCAGCCCUCCAAUAGUAAAACCACCUUCUCCGCCGCCUUAUGUCCCCAACCCUCCAAUAGUAAAGCCGCCGCCUUACGUCCCCAACCCUCCAAUAGUAAAGCCGCCUUAUGUCCCCAGCCCUCCAAUAGUAAAACCACCUUCUCCGCCGCCUUAUGUCCCCAACCCUCCAAUAGUAAAGCCGCCGCCUUACGUCCCCAACCCUCCAAUAGUAAAGCCGCCUUAUGUCCCCAGCCCUCCAAUAGUAAAACCACCUUCUCCGCCGCCUUAUGUCCCCAACCCUCCAAUAGUAAAGCCGCCGCCUUACGUCCCCAACCCUCCAAUAGUAAAGCCGCCUUAUGUCCCCAGCCCUCCAAUAGUAAAACCACCUUCUCCGCCGCCUUAUGUCCCCAACCCUCCAAUAGUAAAGCCGCCGCCUUACGUCCCCAACCCUCCAAUAGUAAAGCCGCCUUAUGUCCCCAGCCCUCCAAUAGUAAAACCACCUUCUCCGCCGCCUUAUGUCCCCAACCCUCCAAUAGUAAAGCCGCCGCCUUACGUCCCCAACCCUCCAAUAGUAAAGCCGCCUUAUGUCCCCAGCCCUCCAAUAGUAAAACCACCUUCUCCGCCGCCUUAUGUCCCCAACCCUCCAAUAGUAAAGCCGCCGCCUUACGUCCCCAACCCUCCAAUAGUAAAGCCGCCUUAUGUCCCCAGCCCUCCAAUAGUAAAACCACCUUCUCCGCCGCCUUAUGUCCCCAACCCUCCAAUAGUAAAGCCGCCGCCUUACGUCCCCAACCCUCCAAUAGUAAAGCCGCCUUAUGUCCCCAGCCCUCCAAUAGUAAAACCACCUUCUCCGCCGCCUUAUGUCCCCAACCCUCCAAUAGUAAAGCCGCCGCCUUACGUCCCCAACCCUCCAAUAGUAAAGCCGCCUUAUGUCCCCAGCCCUCCAAUAGUAAAACCACCUUCUCCGCCGCCUUAUGUCCCCAACCCUCCAAUAGUAAAGCCGCCGCCUUACGUCCCCAACCCUCCAAUAGUAAAGCCGCCUUAUGUCCCCAGCCCUCCAAUAGUAAAACCACCUUCUCCGCCGCCUUAUGUCCCCAACCCUCCAAUAGUAAAGCCGCCGCCUUACGUCCCCAACCCUCCAAUAGUAAAGCCGCCUUAUGUCCCCAGCCCUCCAAUAGUAAAACCACCUUCUCCGCCGCCUUAUGUCCCCAACCCUCCAAUAGUAAAGCCGCCGCCUUACGUCCCCAACCCUCCAAUAGUAAAGCCGCCUUAUGUCCCCAGCCCUCCAAUAGUAAAACCACCUUCUCCGCCGCCUUAUGUCCCCAACCCUCCAAUAGUAAAGCCGCCGCCUUACGUCCCCAACCCUCCAAUAGUAAAGCCGCCUUAUGUCCCCAGCCCUCCAAUAGUAAAACCACCUUCUCCGCCGCCUUAUGUCCCCAACCCUCCAAUAGUAAAGCCGCCGCCUUACGUCCCCAACCCUCCAAUAGUAAAGCCGCCUUAUGUCCCCAGCCCUCCAAUAGUAAAACCACCUUCUCCGCCGCCUUAUGUCCCCAACCCUCCAAUAGUAAAGCCGCCGCCUUACGUCCCCAACCCUCCAAUAGUAAAGCCGCCUUAUGUCCCCAGCCCUCCAAUAGUAAAACCACCUUCUCCGCCGCCUUAUGUCCCCAACCCUCCAAUAGUAAAGCCGCCGCCUUACGUCCCCAACCCUCCAAUAGUAAAGCCGCCUUAUGUCCCCAGCCCUCCAAUAGUAAAACCACCUUCUCCGCCGCCUUAUGUCCCCAACCCUCCAAUAGUAAAGCCGCCGCCUUACGUCCCCAACCCUCCAAUAGUAAAGCCGCCUUAUGUCCCCAGCCCUCCAAUAGUAAAACCACCUUCUCCGCCGCCUUAUGUCCCCAACCCUCCAAUAGUAAAGCCGCCGCCUUACGUCCCCAACCCUCCAAUAGUAAAGCCGCCUUAUGUCCCCAGCCCUCCAAUAGUAAAACCACCUUCUCCGCCGCCUUAUGUCCCCAACCCUCCAAUAGUAAAGCCGCCGCCUUACGUCCCCAACCCUCCAAUAGUAAAGCCGCCUUAUGUCCCCAGCCCUCCAAUAGUAAAACCACCUUCUCCGCCGCCUUAUGUCCCCAACCCUCCAAUAGUAAAGCCGCCGCCUUACGUCCCCAACCCUCCAAUAGUAAAGCCGCCUUAUGUCCCCAGCCCUCCAAUAGUAAAACCACCUUCUCCGCCGCCUUAUGUCCCCAACCCUCCAAUAGUAAAGCCGCCGCCUUACGUCCCCAACCCUCCAAUAGUAAAGCCGCCUUAUGUCCCCAGCCCUCCAAUAGUAAAACCACCUUCUCCGCCGCCUUAUGUCCCCAACCCUCCAAUAGUAAAGCCGCCGCCUUACGUCCCCAACCCUCCAAUAGUAAAGCCGCCUUAUGUCCCCAGCCCUCCAAUAGUAAAACCACCUUCUCCGCCGCCUUAUGUCCCCAACCCUCCAAUAGUAAAGCCGCCGCCUUACGUCCCCAACCCUCCAAUAGUAAAGCCGCCUUAUGUCCCCAGCCCUCCAAUAGUAAAACCACCUUCUCCGCCGCCUUAUGUCCCCAACCCUCCAAUAGUAAAGCCGCCGCCUUACGUCCCCAACCCUCCAAUAGUAAAGCCGCCUUAUGUCCCCAGCCCUCCAAUAGUAAAACCACCUUCUCCGCCGCCUUAUGUCCCCAACCCUCCAAUAGUAAAGCCGCCGCCUUACGUCCCCAACCCUCCAAUAGUAAAGCCGCCUUAUGUCCCCAGCCCUCCAAUAGUAAAACCACCUUCUCCGCCGCCUUAUGUCCCCAACCCUCCAAUAGUAAAGCCGCCGCCUUACGUCCCCAACCCUCCAAUAGUAAAGCCGCCUUAUGUCCCCAGCCCUCCAAUAGUAAAACCACCUUCUCCGCCGCCUUAUGUCCCCAACCCUCCAAUAGUAAAGCCGCCGCCUUACGUCCCCAACCCUCCAAUAGUAAAGCCGCCUUAUGUCCCCAGCCCUCCAAUAGUAAAACCACCUUCUCCGCCGCCUUAUGUCCCCAACCCUCCAAUAGUAAAGCCGCCGCCUUACGUCCCCAACCCUCCAAUAGUAAAGCCGCCUUAUGUCCCCAGCCCUCCAAUAGUAAAACCACCUUCUCCGCCGCCUUAUGUCCCCAACCCUCCAAUAGUAAAGCCGCCGCCUUACGUCCCCAACCCUCCAAUAGUAAAGCCGCCUUAUGUCCCCAGCCCUCCAAUAGUAAAACCACCUUCUCCGCCGCCUUAUGUCCCCAACCCUCCAAUAGUAAAGCCGCCGCCUUACGUCCCCAACCCUCCAAUAGUAAAGCCGCCUUAUGUCCCCAGCCCUCCAAUAGUAAAACCACCUUCUCCGCCGCCUUAUGUCCCCAACCCUCCAAUAGUAAAGCCGCCGCCUUACGUCCCCAACCCUCCAAUAGUAAAGCCGCCUUAUGUCCCCAGCCCUCCAAUAGUAAAACCACCUUCUCCGCCGCCUUAUGUCCCCAACCCUCCAAUAGUAAAGCCGCCGCCUUACGUCCCCAACCCUCCAAUAGUAAAGCCGCCUUAUGUCCCCAGCCCUCCAAUAGUAAAACCACCUUCUCCGCCGCCUUAUGUCCCCAACCCUCCAAUAGUAAAGCCGCCGCCUUACGUCCCCAACCCUCCAAUAGUAAAGCCGCCUUAUGUCCCCAGCCCUCCAAUAGUAAAACCACCUUCUCCGCCGCCUUAUGUCCCCAACCCUCCAAUAGUAAAGCCGCCGCCUUACGUCCCCAACCCUCCAAUAGUAAAGCCGCCUUAUGUCCCCAGCCCUCCAAUAGUAAAACCACCUUCUCCGCCGCCUUAUGUCCCCAACCCUCCAAUAGUAAAGCCGCCGCCUUACGUCCCCAACCCUCCAAUAGUAAAGCCGCCUUAUGUCCCCAGCCCUCCAAUAGUAAAACCACCUUCUCCGCCGCCUUAUGUCCCCAACCCUCCAAUAGUGAAGCCGCCGCCUUACGUCCCCAACCCUCCAAUAGUAAAGCCGCCUUAUGUCCCCAGCCCUCCAAUAGUAAAACCACCUUCUCCGCCGCCUUAUGUCCCCAACCCUCCAAUAGUGAAGCCGCCGCCUUACGUCCCCAACCCUCCAAUAGUAAAGCCGCCUUAUGUCCCCAGCCCUCCAAUAGUAAAACCACCUUCUCCGCCGCCUUAUGUCCCCAACCCUCCAAUAGUGAAGCCGCCGCCUUACGUCCCCAACCCUCCAAUAGUAAAGCCGCCUUAUGUCCCCAGCCCUCCAAUAGUAAAACCACCUUCUCCGCCGCCUUAUGUCCCCAACCCUCCAAUAGUAAAGCCGCCUUAUGUCCCCAGCCCUCCAAUAGUAAAACCACCUUCUCCGCCGCCUUAUGUCCCCAACCCUCCAAUAGUGAAGCCGCCGCCUUACGUCCCCAACCCUCCAAUAGUAAAGCCGCCUUAUGUCCCCAGCCCUCCAAUAGUAAAACCACCUUCUCCGCCGCCUUAUGUCCCCAACCCUCCAAUAGUGAAGCCGCCGCCUUACGUCCCCAACCCUCCAAUAGUAAAGCCGCCUUAUGUCCCCAGCCCUCCAAUAGUAAAACCACCUUCUCCGCCGCCUUAUGUCCCCAACCCUCCAAUAGUGAAGCCGCCGCCUUACGUCCCCAACCCUCCAAUAGUAAAGCCGCCUUAUGUCCCCAGCCCUCCAAUAGUAAAACCACCUUCUCCGCCGCCUUAUGUCCCCAACCCUCCAAUAGUGAAGCCGCCGCCUUACGUCCCCAACCCUCCAAUAGUAAAGCCGCCUUAUGUCCCCAGCCCUCCAAUAGUAAAACCACCUUCUCCGCCGCCUUAUGUCCCCAACCCUCCAAUAGUGAAGCCGCCGCCUUACGUCCCCAACCCUCCAAUAGUAAAGCCGCCUUAUGUCCCCAGCCCUCCAAUAGUAAAACCACCUUCUCCGCCGCCUUAUGUCCCCAACCCUCCAAUAGUGAAGCCGCCGCCUUACGUCCCCAACCCUCCAAUAGUAAAGCCGCCGCCUUAUGUCCCCAGCCCUCCGAUAGUAAACCCACCUUCUCCACCAAUUGUGGUGCCACCACCACCGACACCAAUUGUGAUGCCUCCUUCUCCCCCGGUUGAAAAGCCAUGUCCUCCUCCUCCGCCGCCAGAAACGCCAUGUCCACCACCACCCCCAAUGGUGGUGCCAUACCCUCCUCCGGCACAACAAACGUGCCCAAUCGACACUCUCAAACUAGGCGCGUGUGUGGACGUGUUAAGUGGCCUAAUUCAUAUUGGAAUCGGAAGCAGCGCUAAGGACACUUGUUGUCCAGUGUUGCAAGGACUAGUGGACUUGGAUGCAGCUGUAUGUCUUUGCACAACCAUUAAGGCAAAGCUGCUGAAUAUUAGCAUUAUUAUACCAAUUGCUCUUCAAGUCCUUCUAGACUGUGGGAAGACACCUCCUUCUGGUUUCCAGUGUUCUGCUUAAGCUUGUUAAGGUACAGCUGCAAAACUUCCACACCCAAUAAAAUCCAGCACUCUGAACCCAGUUAUGUAUUUACUAGUCUUCUUAUUUAUUUAUUUUUAUUUUUGUUUUUGUUUUGUUUUUUGUUUUUUUGUUUAUGUGUUUGUAAGCUGUUGAUCCUAUACAAUAUCAAAUGGAUUUUGUAUGGGAACUGUUUGUUGUAUGAAAAAAUAGAUCUGCUAUGCAGAGGAUUGCUUGCAAUAAUAAUGAUCUGUGUGGGAGAUUGAUUCCAA